UCACGGGCAAUCCCCCCACCACCCUCGCAUCCAGAUCACCUCGCUAGGGUUUAUCGCGCGCGCUCUCUCUCUUACCCACCGCUACGCUCCUCGACCGCGAAAACGCUCCCGGAGACUGCAGAUUCGCGGCGGCGAUCGAGGGAAGAUGACGACGGUGGUCCCGACUUCCGAAGACGACCUCUCCCUCUCGGUCGUCCGCUUCACCUCCGAGCUCGCUUGGGCCGACGCCGGUCCCGAGGUUGCGGAGCCUCAAGUCGAGAGAUUGUGUGUGGAAGCACAGGAAUGCAUGGUGAGGGGCAGAUGGUUGGACUUGGUCUCGCUGAUGCUCACAUCUGCCGACUUGAUAUUCUCAAAGGUCUCAGAUAAGGAUCUUGAGUGUGUCUUUACCGUCAUCUGCAAUGCUGUGACAACAUCUGAAAAUCCGGAUGAAAUACUUGAGAUGGCAAAACUUAUAUCUGCAAAGAUUGUUCAGCAACCGAACGACAGGCCUGCACUGCGUUUGAAGAUCCUGUUCAAUCUAUACAACCUCCUGAGCAUUCCGGAUGGCCGAUUUCAUGUAUAUAUGAAAUCCCUCAAUUUGGCUAUUAAUGGGAAAGUUGCUGAGCACGUUGUACCUUCUUUCAAGAAGAUUGAUAGUUUUUUAAAAGAGUGGAGUAUUGGCAUCAAGGAUCAGAGAGAACUCUUUCUUACCAUCUCCAAUGCGUUGAGAGAAAAUAAAAGUUCGGCGAAGGAUUCUUUCAAGUUCCUGACGAAAUACUUGGCCACCUUUUAUGGUGAAGAUGCGCAUGAAAUGGAUGAGGCCAAGGAGGAAGCUGUGCGAGCAGUUGUGGAAUUUGUGAAGGCACCCGACAUGUUCCAGUGUGAUUUGCUGGAGAUGCCUGCCGUAGGGCAACUAGAGAAGGGUGCUAAGUAUGAUUUGGUUUAUCAGCUUCUGAAGAUAUUUAUGACCCAGAGGCUGGAUGCCUACUUGGAAUUUCACGCUGCAAACUCUGCAUCAUUGAAAAGCUAUGGCCUUGUCCAUGAAGACUGCAUAACGAAGAUGCGACUAAUGUCAUUGGUGGAUCUUGGUUCCAGUGAUUCGGGACAGAUUCCAUAUGCUCUUAUCAGAGAUACCCUCCAGAUUAAUGACGAUGAGGUUGAAUCAUGGAUUGUCAAGGCAAUAUCUGCCAAGUUAAUGGAUUGUAAAAUGGACCAGAUGAAUGAAGUUGUUGUAGUGAGCCGUUGUACUGAGAGGGUGUUUGGAAAGCAACAGUGGGUAGCACUUAGAGGGAAACUAGCGACGUGGAAGGAAAAUAUUGCAAACGUAAUCACCACUAUUCAAGCAAACAAAAUUACCGAAGAUGCUUCUCAGGCGAUGCAAGGGGUGAUGUUCCGCUGAAGAUAUUUUUGGGACUAGGGUUAGCUUUUUGGUCUCGAGCAAUACUUUUAUGUCGAGACGAGUAACAUCAUGUGGAGAUAAAUCAUAGUAACUGUAAUACCGAUCGGUUUUUGGUGGGGAUGGUUGGCUCAUGUGUUGGACUUUUUGGCCAAGCAAUUCAAAUUGGAGAGUGAAUGUUUGUUUUUU